GUGUCCGCCCCCAGCCCCGUGUCCGCCCCCAGCCCCGUGUCCGCCCCCAGCCCCGUGUCCGCCAUCCGUCUGUCCGUGCGCUCAGACUGAGCCCGCAGCGCCCGGGGGAAAGCAGCGGCCGCCUCCCCGCUCCUCCCGCGCGUCCGCCGGCGCCCGCUCGGACUGGCCACGCACGGCAACACGAGAUGGUGGGAGGAGAAGCUCCUUACUUCAAGGAAACGAGGCCAUGGCUCGCGCUCUGAUCCGGCACAACGGGCCCCCGCAGCUGCAGGAGCCCGGGCGCCUGUCGGCUCUGCUGCGGGACUGCCUCGAGUGCAGCCUGGAGCCGGACGAGGAGCGGCGCUGCUCUGCCCAGGAGCUGCUGCAGGAGCAGAGGGAGCCGGGGCAGAGACCGCUGUUCCUUCUGCCAUCUGCGGCAAGAGAGAAGCAUGAGGGACAGGCCGUUACCUCUCAUUUAUAACCUCAUUCCUCCUCGGAUCCACAAAUACCACUUCCAAGGAGAAAUCAGCAACUCUGUUAGCGAUGGGAUUCUAAGUGACUCUGACCAGAUUAAAGUGGGUUAACUCAAGAGAACUCUAUUUGAUGAACUCUAUGAAUUUGAUAGUCCUCCCUGGCUGCUAUCAGCAAGCAGCGGUGCCUCUGCACAAUGCAGCUUUUAGCUCUUGAAAACUCUGAAAUGGAAAAGUCAGAGAUAGCCAGCACGGACUUUGUUAUUGCUGCGGCAGA